AUGAAGGGUGUACUGGUAUUACUUGCCUUGGUGGCUGCUGUCUACAGCGCCGGGGAUUUCAGUGGGUAUCAAGUCCUGAGAAUCCUCCCGGUCAGUGAAGGUGAAGUAAACCUGGUCCGGGACUUGGAAAACUUUGAGAACCUGCAGGUUGACUUCUGGAUGGAGCCCUCAAAGCCCAACAGAUUCAUUGACAUCCGUGUGCCAUUCUACAACCUCCAGGAUGUCAAGGUCUACCUGGAGUCCAACAACAUCAAGUACAGUGUCAUGAUCCAGGACUUGCAGUAUUUUCUAAAUGCAGAAGAAAGAGAAAUGAAGAGGAGUCGUGCCGUGGAAAAUUCCCGUUCCACUGACACCUUUAACUAUGCUGCCUACCAUACAUUUGAUUCGAUUAACAACUUUAUUGACACAUUGGUGGCUGAAAACCCUAACUUGGUGAGCAAAAUUCGGAUCGGCAGCAGCUAUGAAGGUCGCCCACUCAAUGUCCUCAAGUUCAGUACUGGAGCCAACCGCCCAGCUUUCUGGAUUGAUUUUGGAAUUCAUUCCCGUGAAUGGGUCACUCAAGCCACUGGAGUCUGGACUGCCAAAAAGAUUGUCUCAGAUUAUGGCAAGGAUGCCUCUCUCACAGCCACCCUGAACAAAUUGGAUAUCUACCUGGAAAUUGUCACCAACCCUGAUGGCUAUGUUUACACCCACACAAGGGACCGUAUGUGGCGUAAGACCAGAUCUCCCAACACUGGCUCUACCUGCGUAGGAACUGACCCCAACAGAAACUGGGAUGCUGGCUUUGGAGGUGGCGGAUCCAGCAACAACCCUUGCACUGAGACCUACAGAGGACGUGCUGCCCAUUCUGAACCCGAAGUCAAGGCUAUUGUGGACUUUGUGAACAGUCAUGGUAACAUCAAGGGAUUUGUUUCAAUCCACAGCUAUUCUCAGAUGCUCCUCUAUCCCUAUGGAUAUACCACUGCUACCAUCCCUAACCAAGCUGAAUUGAACACCGUGUCUAGAAACGCAAUUAAUGCUUUGGCCUCCCUCUAUGGCACCUCAUAUACCUAUGGAAGCAUCAUCAGCACCAUUUACCAAGCCAGUGGUGGGACCAUUGACUGGACCUACAACCGGGGUAUCAAGCACUCCUACAGCUUUGAGCUGCGUGACACUGGUCGUUAUGGCUUUGCUCUUCCAGCUAACCAAAUUAUUCCCACUGCUCAGGAGACCUGGCUGGCCCUUACCAAGCUUAUUGAGCACACCCGUGACAAUCCCUAUUAA